AUGGAUACACAAACUGAAAAAGAAUUCGAUGAAUUGUUAUUCGAUUAUGGUCUCGAGUUGGAUGAAGUGACAAAUGAACGAAUAGCAUUGGAAAAGGAACGAGGUGAUAAAAAGAAGGUGAAGGCAGAUGAAGGUGUGUGUGAAGAAGACGUCUAUAAGAUAGAACUACCUGCGAAUCGAUAUGACCUGCUUUCGGUGGAAGGUCUUUCUCGUGCGCUGCGA